AGAUUCUCACAUUUUAGUUCUCUUCGUCUCCCUCUUUAAUUUGAAGAAGAAAGAGCUUGGGAUCCGCCUGCCGUUGGUCGUCCCAACUACUUCUUCAACAACUUAUUAAGAAAUUUCUAGCUGACUUAUUAUGUCAACCCCAAUGGCUGCGCUAAUACAAUUGACUCUCUUCUGUUUUGUUGUUUCCAAUUUGUUCUUGUCAGGAGUGUUAGCAACCACUUUUACAUUGUCGAACAAAUGCGAGUAUACUGUUUGGCCUGGCAUUCUUACGAAUCCAGGAGUUGCAGCAAUUUCCACUACUGGCUUCGCCCUCCAGAAGGAUGAAACCAAGACUAUUAACGCACCGGCAGCCUGGGCAGGUCGUUUCUGGGGUCGAACACUCUGUUCCGAGGAUUCCACCGGGAAAUUCUCCUGUGCUACAGGAGAUUGCGGAUCCGGAAAGGUAGAAUGCUCAGGGAGUGGCGCUGUUCCGCCCGCGACGCUGGCGGAAUUUACUCUCAACGGUGCUGGCGGGAUGGAUUUUUUCGAUUUGAGUUUGGUAGACGGGUACAACCUUGCUAUGCAGGUAACUCCUCAAGGUGGUACAGGAAACAACUGUACAACCACGAGCUGCAUAGGGGACCUCAAUGGCUCAUGUCCAUCUGAGCUGAAAGUCACCAGCGUAGACGGCAAGGAGAGCGUCGCCUGCAAGAGCGCCUGUCUAGCGUUCCAGCAGCCGCAGUAUUGUUGCAGCGGCGCGUAUAGCACACCCGACGUUUGCAAGCCAUCUAACUACUCCCAGAUCUUCAAGAACUUUUGUCCAGACGCCUACAGCUAUGCCUAUGAUGACAAGACCAGCACCUUCACAUGCGCACAUGCCGAUUACCUUAUCACUUUCUGUCCUCCACUCAGCACCAGCCAGAAGUCAUCGCAGGAACAGACAACGACAACAUCUCCGUCGAUCAAUGGAACUGGCGGCACCGGCACGAUGACAUAUGAGGGUGUUUCAUCUUUAGAUGGAAGUGGCGCAUCACGUUCCACUUGGACGCACUUGUCGGGAUCACAUGCGAUCGUCGGUGCAAUCAGCAUUACUGUGGCGCUUUGGCAGUUGCUGUAGAGUAGUCGGCUAACUUUCAUUGUUUUAGGGUAGUCCUGCUUAACAUUUUGAGCCAAUUAGGGGAAGUAUCCGUUUUCACUUUUCAACCGUGGACCCGACCCUAUUCUGUCUGUCUGUUUUCAUGUAUGGGCCUAGUAACAUAGCGUAGGGCGCCCAAGACUUAGGAUAUUGGGCCAUGGGGGACGUGGAAUCGAGUCAGAACAGAAAAGGGCUUCCCAUCCGUUGAUGGCUACUGGCUACUGCUCUACUGUUUCACCCAAUUCCGCUAUAAAAUCCAAAGCACAAGUUGUGGUGUGCAAGUCAGUGGGCAAUUGGCAGUAGACAUUAAAACUUAGUUCUUUAGUUUAAGGAAAUGGAUUGUCUUAGUAUUUACUAGAGUACUUUAGAUUAAUUUUUAUUACAUGUAACGCUGAAAGGGCAGGGAGAUUAUAUUCUAUUAUCGAUUCUAGAAUUUGUAAUAACCACUAUCACAUUAGAUGUUAGAGAAUAAAAUUUUUACUUUUAA